CGCUGUGAGUGGAGUACAGGUUGCAGGCUCCGUUAGCAACUCAGGCCAUUAUUGUUAACAGCUGCAGGGAUGGUACAAGAGACGUGUUGUCAUGGUAACGAGGAACACAAACGCUCGGGGCGCAGGAAGUGAGGCGUGUUGUUGAAACAUUCGUUUAGGAAACGGAACAGUAAAUGAUGCCGAAAUGAAAGGUUGACUGCACUGUCACGAGCAGGUGAAGAGUCACGGAGAUUGAGAAGAGACUCUUUGUAAAAGGCACGGCGAAAUACGCGAGAGGAAUACCUGAGCCCCCAGAAAGAGGAGACAUGAAUUUAAAUGACUUUGUGGUGCUUCCUAACAACAAGGCCACAUCCGUCAAACUCAAUGGCAGGGACCUGAAAGAGCUGCAGAUGGAGACUGUGACUUUGACCAGGCAGAACAAUGACAUGGAGGAGAAACUGCGGCAGCUGAAAGAGAGCAUGAGCAAAGAGAAGGAGGAGAGGGGGCAUUCAGCAGGGUUCAGAUGGAAGUCUGGACAAAGUGGCUCUUCAAACAACAAUGCUCGAACAAACAACACCAAGAAGGACAAGGAGAACAGACUCCAAAAGCUGUCAGCAGGCAAGAUGAAGAUUCGAAUGCUGAAGGAUGAACCACUAACAGCCCCACCUCAGCUACCACCUGCCAGUGUUCUUCAGAGGACAAGAAAAAACAGGCUGAGGGGAACAGUCUGUGGACAGUGUGAAGUCAAGACUGCUGGACUAAAGUGUGCUGAAUGCACAGAGAACUACUGCAUUGCCUGUUUUGUGAGGUUUCACCAGAAGGGGGCACUGAAGCUCCACAGAACGAUCCCCAUUAAGACAGAAUUACAAACCCUUGUGAGCACUCAAGAUGUUCUCAGUAACAACCAGACCAGACCAGGAGAACAGAGCCUAGAAAAAGGUGGUGCAGCCAUGGCAACACCUAUGCAACUGCACUCUGAUCCUAACCAGGUGUUGGUUGUGAAUCAUUCAGAGGAGAGCAAUUUUGGAUUCGAGCCGAAAAGCAAGGCUGAGCAGGGAUUUCCCACUUGCCUUCUAGGAGGAGAAUAUGAUGAAGAAGAGUCUGCAAGGUCUUUCCAGGAGGCUCUCAGGCAGUGGAGGGGAGAGACAAAUGAUGAAGCAGGAGACCACAUGGAGGAAAAUGAGGUUGCUAUGUGGAUACCUGUUCGCCCAGUUUUAGUGUCAGCUAUAGCAACCCAGGCUGACCUCACUGCAGACAGAGAAGUUGAAGGACGAGGAUGCGGAGAAGGACAAGGGAGGAUACCUGUCAGGGUGGAGUUCACACCAAACAGCCUUACCUACACAGACAGAUUGCUUCUCAAGAAGCACCGCAGAACACCUAUUGAAACAUACGUGCCUUCGUCGACUUUGGCUGCAGAUUCAAAGUCACGAUCUGAACUUGACUCAGAGGAGGAGGUCGGCCUGACAGCUCAGGAGGAAGAUUUCCGUCUCUACUAUGCAUCAUUGUUUGCUGUCCCUGUCAGCAGGGGCAAGGCUCAGGCUCAGAUUACCACACCUGAAUCGUGCCUUGUCAUAGAUGUCCAGGAUGAGACAGACACGGAUAUAAAUGGAGACUGUGCAGAGAAGAGGAUGAACAGCAACAGAGAGGUUGUCUUGUCUGAGCAAGGAAGAACACUGGUGCCCCAAAUGACCUUGACCAGCGAGGGGCCCUCAAGAGUCAGCCUGUCUUCUCCCAGUCCACCGCAGCUAUCCAGACUGUGCGGAUCACCAACGCAACCUAAACCCACUCACAAGCGUCGACCGUCUAAGGCUGAGACUUCAAAAGCAAAGCACUCAAUGAAAUCUUCACCCUCUCAAACUGUGCCACCAUUAUGCCCGACUGCCGAGACUCCAAGGACUUCCCGGACAUCCAUCAGGACACCGGCCUUAAAUUCACAAAAGCCCAUGUGUUACUCCACUGUACACAAAUCAAGUGCUGACCAUGGGUCAUCACAACCUUUGUCCUCGUCACCAAAUUCCCAGCAUGAGAUCCUUAAAUCCUCUCGCUCCCCCUUUUCAUUUACACCUGAUGAGUCUCUUCACCUGCAUCCAACUCCUCCUCCUCCUCCUCCACCUCUUAGGUCUACAUUCACAGUCUCACCAUCAAGCUCUGCCGAGUCACCUUCGUUGCCCAGAGUUAACCGUUCAACCCCAUUACACCAAAGUUCAGACUCAUAUCUGUCUUCCAAUAUAUUCCCCAGACCAGUCUCAUCCCUAAAGCUGUCACAAUCACCACCAAGCAAUCUGGAUUCCCCAAAGCAAUCCCAGCGUUCCUUGUUUGAGCCCGAGUCCCUCCUAUCUGAUGAUCAACUUCGGUUGCCGCAGUCCGACAGGCCAGACCCACAGCCGAAAUCCCUGGAACUAAAUCACUCACAGACAAACCCUGUGCCAUUCAGUGCAACUGUAACGACUCCAUCAAGUUUAUCUCUGUUUAAUGAGUCCCUUCCAGAUGCAAACUUGAGAUAUAAGUCAAUUCCGCCAUAUGGGGAUGCUCCAGUUUUAAUGUCCACAUCCUUCAUCUCUGGUAGCCACAAAUCAACUCUUUCUCGUCAGGUCACAGAGUGUGUCUCAUCGCUUUCAUCGCAUCCUUUAAAUGUAAACCAGAAUAUUUCUUUAGCUGUGAAAAUGGAGAAGGAAGAGGCACCAUCAGUGGACAGUGGAGAUGAAAUGUCAAGUGAUAGUCUGGUUCUGGCUCCACAUGUGGAAGAAGCAGAGACACAUGGACAUUUAACCAGAGGGAGAUCCAGAGAAGAAGAGCAACAACAUUCUGCCACAUCUCAUUGCAGAGAUUCCUUUGUUCAUACCGAUGAUGAAAUAGUAAAAGGUCUGCUGACUGAUGAGCCGGAACAGCUGUCAGAAACAUCCAUGGUGAUGUCCUACUGGAGUGCUGGGUCUGCAUCAGAGGAAUCCUGUGAUGUGAGUCUGGAUUUGAGUCGUGGUCACUCUGACCCACUGCAAACACACCAACCUUCACCCAACGAGUCAGACCCACCAGACUCUCAUGGACCACACAGCCGCCUCAGAGCCUCCACUGAGAGACACCUGGUUUUCAAAAUGAUGGACAACCACAUGCAGCCAAGCGAAAUUCAAAUGCGCUCAGCCACAACCUCCAGCAGAGGAGAAAUAUCAGCAAAUGAACGAGGAACAUCUGGAUCAAAGUGGUCCGGCAGGUCCACUCCAACUGUGUCACACCCCGCGAUGACAAACCCGAGUCCUCUUCCUGAAACUAUGUUUCCCCUCCGCUCUGCCCGCUCGUCUCGCCCUACACUGGGCUCAGACUUGGGUCCAGCCUUUCAUCCGGUGUCCCAGGCAGCCCAAGAGAUCAUGGAGAUCUGUAGUGUGGACCAGACAGGCUGUGAGGACCCUGACCUGGACAGUGACACAGCUGCACACCAUCUCCAUAGUCUUGAGCAAGAACUUAAGAUUAUGACCAAAGAAACAGGGACACAGGCUUCAUCAUCCGCUGCUGUUAACAGCAGAAGUCAAGUUUUACAUGGGAAUCAGCCACUGACACGGGUCAGAGUCACCAAGGAACAAAAGGAGGAAGAGGAGGCUGUGCAGCGAGACCGGCGGAGUGUCCUGUCUCUACCCUGAGAUAAUAAGCUGCACAGAUACACUCAUCACACACAUAUACACAUUAUAUUAACAAAUAUACAUGGAAGCAAUCAAAAACGUGCAAUAAAUGUGAAUGAAAUCUGGUUCACAGGGUGUAAAGACUGAUGCGGAUGCCCUUUAACCUCUGAGGCGAAGGCCUAAUCCACUCAUAGGGGAAUAGGUUGUGUGCAGUACUACAAAGUGAGAUUAGUGGGUUGGCGAGGUAUGUUGAGUUUAAAGCCAGAGAUUUCUGUGUCACAUAGUUGGCACUAUUUUAACCCUAAUCCUCCAGAUUGCAAAUUACGUUGUUGAUAUAACCUGGUCCAGACCAGGUUAUGUUCACAGCUGCAGCUUAAAAUCAGCUAUAAAAGGUUUUCUACUUACGUGUUCUGCAAUUUUGUUAUUUGAAGCAGCUUUUUAGGGCACUAGCUUGAGCCACCACUACUUUUGGCUGUUUAUUGUUUUUUUUUUAAAUAUUAUUAUACCUCUUUACUAUUAAUAACCUGUUACUCCUGAUUGAAGUUGACAGACCCUUACAUACAUAAAGAGUGAGAUGAUGCCUCAAAUGCCCCGUUUUUGAAUGCUCAUGGAGCAUGAUGAAGAAAACCUGUUGUGUACUGUUGGGAUAGUUGUUUCCUCUGGUUUGGGAUUCAGGUUUUGUUGAGCCAGAGUAAGCAAAGAAAGCCUGGCUCUGUUGAACAUGCUUCAUAGUACAACCCUGGAGGAAAACAACAAAAGUAAAAACAAAGAUAAAAUGAACUGUGUAUGUAUGUGUAAGCAUUUUAAAAGUCCACUUAGCAGCACACAACAACUAAACAACACGCCUGAUUUGCACGCAGACGUCAAACAGGAGACGCAGCAGUUUUCCCAAAUGUGCAUUUUUAGAGACUCACAGUUGCACAGGAAACUUUCUAAAAAAUAUCCACCUUUUGUGUAGACUACUUGGGCAAAUAAGAUAAAUUAAAUGCUUUAAAAAAACAUUGUUGGCAAGUGUUUAAACAAGGUUGGGAUUUGAGUCAGCAUUCAUACAUUAUUUUAAUAACGGCACAUGAAACGCUUUGGACUACAAAUCUGUGGAUGUAUUAACUGAAAGCACAAAAACAAUCGAGUUGGAAGUAAACAUGGAUAAGUGUAAGAGGUGAGAGAAGAGACAAAAUGGUGACAUGUCGUUCUACUUCUCAGCAGGAGUCUGUGACAAUGCCCUUGAUUGUGUCUCUGUGUAUGUGCAACUGCACACAGACACUUUAAGAGACAGAUGUUGAGGUGCACUUGACUGGUUCCACUUUUACCAACAGGAAAGAAACACGUCUUUCUAUUCCAGAGUUUGGUGUUAAUAAGGUUAGGGUGGCGCUGUCUUUCCUUUCACACAUGCACACACCUGUGGGAGACUCCUGCAGGUGAUAAAUUGUGUUUUUAGGGAAAGAGCAAGGAACUGUGCCAGUGGUCGCCGCUGCUGCUGCUGCCAUCUCUCCCUAUGACUGUGCAGAAGUUGGGGAAGAUAAACACCAGGUGCUGGAACUGGUUUGUCAUCUCUGUAGUGAAUGUGUCCUGUUGGUGUGUGUUUAUUUGUGUUUCUUUUCCUCAGCUUUUGCAUUACUCCCCCACAGCAGGUCCUUAUCUAUUAUAGCUGCCACUGUUGUCAGCUGAGCUCACAACCCAGCAUCCGUUGGUUUAUUGUCAAGAAAAUCACGGCUUAUUUGUGCAAUGCAGUGCGGUUGUCUGUGUGAAUAGGAGCAUAUGCGUUUUAUGUUAUUUCAUGUGUCCAGACGUUAAUCACCAGGAGAGGACCACAAAAGCCCUGAAAUCCAACAGCAAUCACAGUAAAACUGACCGAUAGGGCAGGGACAUAGAGACAGAGAGACAGACCAAGUGAUAGAUGAGGAGAGGUGAAAAGUCAGAUCUUUCUUAUUGUGUUAUUGUGUCCGUCACUGAGUUUAUCACUUAAUGUUAAAGAGAAGAAAAAUAAAAAGGUUUCUGGGUUUAACCCCCACCCCAUCACUCACAAACGAAGAAAGAGGCUGGAAAAGGAGCGAUGACCUCUGUUGGAUUGGUGGAGUGUUGGCGUUGUGAGACUGUGUUGUUGUUGAAACUGUCAGGAAGACGGCGAUGAAGUGGAUAAGUUGACAUUUAACCCCACAACCCUUUAACUGAAGCUCAGACUUGGUGUGUUGUAAAACAGUGUGUGCUUUCAGGGUAAAUUUAGUCAACAUUUUUCAAGAAACAUUUGGAAAAAGCUAUAUACUUUAAUUCUUAAACAUGCCCCCAUAUCCUAAAUCCUAGACAUUAAAGGCAAAACAAAUUGAAGAAUGAUCCUUCCAUUUCUCCCCAAGUCAGUGAGGUUUUUAUUUAUUGUUGGGUUGCCUUUUUUUUUCUUGACAGCAAGUUACAUGGUGGAGAUAUGUUGUUUUGCCUCUGGCUGCAUGUCCACUUGUUUUCUGAUGAAAACCCAUUCAAUUUCCUCACACAGAAUGCCCUGAAAGGAUUCCCUUGUUCACAGACUCUUAUAAGUCACCUACAGUGAGCCACAGGGGAGAGCAGCUGCAUCCAUGAAAAGGGUAAAAUAGAAGAAAAGACACUCAUAAUGUAGAAAGGGAUCGGUUUCCAUGUAUAUAUUAUGAACUUAUUAUAUGAGUUAUAUUGUAAUAUCACAAAUAUUGUGUGUGAAGUCAGUUGUGCAUAAUCAAGGCUUUAGACAAUUUUUUAGAGACAGAAUUUUUUUGUUAGUUUAGUGCGAUCUUGUCCUGGCUUUGGAAUAAGACUAACUAUGAGUCAUGUUGAUGUAGAAUGUUAUUUUCCCCCCAUGUUACAAAAUUAAAAUCUGUUAUUGCA